UGGAGUGUUGGAGCAGGACCAGGGAGGGAGAGCUGAGUUCAAAUCCCCAUUCAGACAUGAAAUUCACUGAGUGACUUUGGGGUAGUCACGCCUCUCUCAGCCUAACCUACUUCACAGGGUUGUUGUGAGGAGAAACAUAACCAUGUUCUGGGCUCCUUGGAGGAAGUGUGGGAUAUAAAUGUAAAAAUAAAAUAAAUAUAGAAGUUCUCUAUAUCUUACCCUUCCUGCUUCUCACCAUCCCCUUCAAGUUGCCGGAGGGCAGGUUGCUGAGACAGACACCCCUCUCCGUCCGGCCCCAGCCCUUGCUGAAACCUCAGCUGACUGCUGCCUUCCUUCAAUAUUUAAUUUUAAAUAUCCUGACAGGAAGGCGCUCACAAGUGAUGGUCCAGAUCCAAGCUAGCAUGAGGUGGGCUCACUGCACGGGAGACUUCCCCAGUGUGCAGCUGUUGCACCCUUAGACUUGCUGGAGUAAUGAGGUUUUAACCAGCUUCCUGAAGGCUAUAAGUGAAAUGGGCCUAUUGCAUCUCGUCACAGAGGAGUAUCAAGAAGCUGCUACCAUCUUGCAGAGACCACUGGGACUGAGUUUCAUGUAGCUGGACUAUUCAGACGUUUGCAGUCUGAAAGCAUGUCGACCUCCUGUACCGUUCGUGUCCGUGGAUUCCCCACUGACUUGCCACCAGAGCGGGUGACUGACAAGCUUACAAUCCAUUUCCUGCGGGCACGCAAUGGUGGAGGAGAGAUCGUCAACAUUGAAUUUGCACCUGACUCCCCGGACUGUGCCGUGGUCACUUUUGAGGAUGCAGCAGUGACUCAGCAGGUACUGAUGGCUGAAAAACAUGUCUUGUCUGUCAAUGGGAAAAACUACCCUUUGGAAGUGACCACAUAUCCAACUGAACUGAACCCCAAUGAGGUCUUUGUGCAUGUCUACAUGAAGAUUGACUAUGGGUGCUUCCCCGGUGGGAAGGAUAUCCUGUGCGAUCUCCGCAAGCAAUAUGGCAGCAUACAGUUCAACUUUAACUCCCAAGCAGCGACCUGCUCUGUCAAAGGGCCCUUCACGGAGUUGGAGGCCUUCAGCUCAGAGUUGCUGAGAUGCCUCAGGGGCAAGCAAAGGAUAAGCAAUUCCACAGUACAGAGCGGGAGAUCUGCAAACAAGGUUGCAGGAAGUAGAGUGCUGGAGAUGCAGGAAGAGAAGGAGAAGAAGAAUGGGAAGGGUGUCGCUGGGAGUGCAUUACCACAUAGAAACCCCACGGAGAGCAACACAGAGCCUCUGGAGGACUUCUCCCUCGUGAUAGACUCUGACAUUUAUCUUUAUAUGCAGACAUUCUGCAGGAAGGAGCUUAGCAACAUUUUGCAGCGUCACCAAGUAGAUGUGGUGGAUGUCAAUAAUGAUGGUGUCACCACCCUCUAUCUGCAAGCGGCAUCUGUUGAGGCUGGGGGGGUGAGUGCCCUCGUUGCUGCUCACCUGGCAGUCUCUCAGCUCUCCCAGCAACUUGAGAUCACUCUGCGGAAAGAGAAGAUCAGCAAGAGAGACUUGGGGGCUGGUGGCGGCAAAGGGCUUCCCGCGGAGCUUCAGGACCUCUGCCCACUGCUCUUGUGUCUUGAGGAUGAAGGGCAUUUCUAUCUCAUUGGGAAUUUGGUUGAAGUUUCCCGAGCUAAACAAUACAUCCAAGAUGUCAUUGCUGCAAGGGGUAUGGUGCAGGAUCCUCAGAAAGCUGAUGACCCACACGCUGCAGGGUUGGCGCUAAUCCAGGGUAGGAGUCCUGUGCCAGCCCAGCCCAAGUCCCCUGAAGAAUCUGUGCCAAGGAAACUGAGCUCACCAAGAUCCAAUGGCAAAUCUGAAUGCAAACUGGCUGCCAAAUUCAGCUCCAGGGCCUCCUGUUCAUAUUUGCCAAAUCAGGGUACCCUAUUGGAAGGGCAGCUUUCUCAAGACUUGUCUCAUACUGCUGAUUCCCAGACUCCAGAUAGCCAACCUUUACCACAGGUUAUGGCUGCUGCUCCCAGAUCAGAGAGCCAGAUUAGGCAAUCCGCCAAGUUGGGGAGCGCACCACCUGGGAUGAAAGUAGAGCCCUCACAGCGCAUCUCCAGGGGCACUAUGUUGGGUACUGAGGGCCGGACCAGCAUUGGUUUCACUCAGACUGCACCCCUGCAUGUAGCCUCCAGCACCCUCAGGUCCUUGAACCUGUUUGACACCACAGGCGCUGUAGACCUGAAGGCUCCAGAAACCAGACCCCUCCUCAGAAGGUCCAACAGCUCCUUGUUGCUAAAGCAUCAGACCAGCAGUGAGCCCAAGGCUGAGCCAUCAUGGCCGUCAGCCAGGGUCAGUGAGCACCAUUUACAGCAGAAGGAUCUCCGCCAUACUUUGCAGGAGGAGAUGGGCAAGGGAGGGAUGACACGGAUGGCGGGAGACUUCAGAGUGGAAUCCUGGGUUACUGAACAAGGACUCUCCAGCCCCACUUCACUGCCAGUCCAAAGGAAUGAUGGGGAUUGGAUGGGGCCUUCCGCCAUGCAGAAGGUGGAGGCUCUUGCAGCACAUCCUGAUUACAUCUGUGGGAGCUUCAGCUACUCUGAGCUGGCCAUGGAGGGACCUGAUGAUGAAGCCCUGGCUCAUCUGUGCAGCUACCUAAGGGAGUGCCAUGACCAGGUUCUCAUCAACCGAGACAGGUACAAGCUGGAGCUUGCUUACCCACGCGAGGUGAAGUUGCAGGUUGUGGAAGCGUUCCGCUUCUUCUCUGCCCAGAGGGUGGCUGCCUUGAGUGAGCAGCGCCUUUCUCAUGGUUCACAGCAAGGGAGUCAUCAGGAUGAGCUUUCCAGCCCAGCAAUCCAGAGGAGCCCCCCGAAGGAGAGCAGCAGAGCCAGCCUGCUAGAGAAUCCACCUCACCUAAGCAGCCUUGCUGGAGAGAGACCAUCUUCCCAGCACCAGAGAUUCCUAGAUCUCAAUGGUUUCCAGCCCACAGUAGCACAGACUUUGCCGAGUGAUCAGAGAGCGUGGCCAAGCAAGACCCUGGACAAGGUCCCAGAUGCCAUCAAGCAGGGCCGUCCGGGGAAGUCAGCUAUCGAGGUCAAGCGGGGAUUGCCAGACAAGUUCCAUUUUGGAAGAGACCGGGGCAAAGAGAGGUGUGGCCGUGAAGCAGAGUGGGGUCCCUCAUCCCUGCCUCUUCUGCCCUUGAGCUUUUCUGCCCCCGUGUCACUGCAGGCAAUAGGCAAGCGCUCCCCCCCAGCUGGAGAAGGCGAGGCCUCCGAUUUGGACCGAAGAGCUGCCAGCCCAGGGAGGGAGCCCCCCACUGGCGAAUGUGAGCUGUGCCGUAGCACCCAGGCUGCCACAUCCCGUUCCCCCUGUGGCCACGCCCUUUGCGAGGCGUGCUUCUCAGUAGGCGGUGUUCCCCCACCCUGCUGCCGUGCCUCCCCUGCUGCCAUCCCUGGAAGCUUCACAGCUACAACCAUUUCACAGAGCCUCCCUGGGUACUUCCGAGAUCCGACCCUCAAAAUAACCUACAACAUUCCCAGCGGUGUACAGCAGGCUCGAGAUCCUCACCCAGGACAUCCGUACCGAGGAGGCUACUUUGAGGCCUUUCUCCCCGACAACCCAGAGGGGCAGCGGUUGAUGGUGCUCCUGCGUAAGGCGUUUGAGCGUGGUCUGACAUUCCAAAUCCAAACCUGUGGCUCAGAAGAGAGGGUGGCCUGGGGGCUGAUCCCCCACAAGACCUCCAUGGAGGGAGGCAAAAGCAGAAAUGGUUACCCAGAUGCCCAGUAUCUCCAGCAUGUCCGCCUGAAGCUGAAAGAGUUGAAGAUUGAAUGAAGAUAGACCCUCUCCACCCCAAGCACUUUGGGAACCUUUGACAGCCAACUACCAUCAUCCCUGCUUGGUACCAGAAGAGUUUGAAGAUUCCUUUUUUCUUCUGGGAUAAACUAAAGACAUCCUCUAGUUUGGCAUGUGCCUCUCUCAAACUCCUGCUUUGGCAGAUUUAGAGUUCUAAUGGACCCUCUCCAGUUCCAACCAUUAGCACGUACCCUGCUGCUGCCGCUGCCGCCACCACACCAUAUCACCACUACUUCUGCUUCUUUCUUCAGCUUCUUGCUGUAUUAAGGAGCACCUGCUGCAGGCACUGUGACCAACCUUGCAAAAACCUCCCUCCCUGGGAACGGUUUGCAUGGAAAACAAUCUUGCUGAGAUAGAGACACUGAUUUUAGCAUGAAGGCUCUUUUACAGAAACAACAUGCUAAAUUGGGAAGUCACAUGAGGGAACUGUACCACUUGAAUUUUUUAGUCUUUGGUGGCAUCUUGGGCCUCUUCAGUUACUUAGACAUUGCCAACUCCUCUGAGACUUUAAAAAAUCCCCUUUUUAAAAAAUCCACAUCUGGGCCUGCUUUGAGCAGGGUGCUGAAGUGAAGGAUACAGAUGUGAGCAGGUAUCACACAAAAGGGGGAAAUAAUUUCUUUCCUCUACAGUUUGGCACAUGAUUUCCCCUUGCAGAUGUUAUCUUGCACACAUAAAAAACAGAUACACAAAUCAGGCCUGAGGCUCACUCGGACUAAAGCUGAUACAGAAGCGAUUGAGGAAGGAGUCUCCCAGCCUUUCACAUGUGGGGGCUUCUAGGCUUGGGGCAGAAAUAGACAUCCUCAGGGAGACAGGCAGACAGUUGGAAACAGCCUUUGCCCUCUUCUCUCCACACUCAUGCUUGGUCUUGCAGCCUGUGCAGUUGGAAGAGUUGCAAAUAAACUUGCACUGGUUACUUUGCA